CCCGGGUUCAUUACUUACUCUGCUGUUGCAGAAUUGCGGUGUGAAGAAGUGGACAUCUCGUAUCAAUUCUCAAGCCCGCCAUUACGGCGUCACAAUCGCAAAGAAUUGACUGGAACGCCCUCGUUGAGAAAAUUUAGAAGCUUGCCUUCAUAUUCAGAUACAUCAUAUAAUUUGGCUGUAGCCAUGCCUCCUCCUGAUGAGGACGUUAUGAAGGGCAAGGAGGCUUUACUUCAGACCUACUUGUCUUCUUUGGACCAACAUGCCGAGAGUACUUCAGUACUUGCAGGAAAUACAGAGGAAGAUCCAGAUUCAACUGUAACAUACUUUGUGGAUGAAGAAGGCAGAUAUUAUUACCAACCAUCGGGGGACAGUGACAAUCUUGUGUCUAUACCCACUACAAAUGAAAAUGAAGAGAUAGCAGAAGGGACACAGUUACUAGUGGAUGGUGAAAACUAUCAAACUGUCACUUUGGUGCCAUCAGAAACAGGAUCUGGAGAAGUCAGUUAUGUGCUUGUUGUACAAGAUGAGAAUAAACCACUUGUUAAUAUUGAUAUAAAGGUUGAUCAGGUGGAAAAAGGUAAUGAUGUGUAUAAAUUUGAUGAGGAAGAUGAAGAGGUUCCUGAAGAAAAUAAUCAAGAGGCUGCUGAAUCUUCUCUCAAGCCAAAACAAAGACGCUCCAAAUAUGUAAGACCACAUUUCACAUGCUCAUUUUGCAACUAUGUGAGUCACAGGAGAUACCUCCUCCUCCGCCACAUGAAGUCACAUUCUGAUGAAAGGCCGCACAAAUGUACGGUGUGCGAGAGGGGAUUCAAAACUGUGACCUCGCUGCAGAAUCAUAUGAACAUGCAUAAUGGUGUCAAGCCACAUGUCUGCAAAUAUUGCAAUAGCCCCUUCACAACUUCAGGGGAAUUGGUGAGACAUGUGCGCUACAAGCACACACAUGAGAAACCCCACCGUUGCACCGAGUGUGACUAUGCUUCUGUCGAGCUGUCCAAGCUGCGACGACAUGUACGAUGCCACACUGGAGAGCGUCCAUAUCAAUGCCCUCACUGCACGUACGCGUCGCCGGACACGUUCAAGCUGAAGCGUCACCUGCGCACGCACACCGGCGAGAAACCCUACAAGUGCGAGCACUGCAACAUGUGCUUCACGCAGUCCAACUCGCUCAAAGCGCACAAACUGAUACAUAACGUGGCCGAGAAGCCAGUGUACGCAUGCGAGCUGUGCCCAGCAAAGUGCGGCCGCAAGACGGACCUGCGCAUCCACGUGCAGAAGCUGCACACGUCCGACAAGCCGCUCAAAUGCAAGCGCUGCGGCAAGACCUUCCCCGACCGCUAUUCGUGCAAGGUGCACAACAAGACACACGAAGGCGAGAAGUGUUACAAGUGCGAUCUCUGCCCGUACGCGUCCACGACGCUGCGGCACCUCAAGUCGCACAUGCUGAAGCACACCGACGAGAAGCCCUUCGUGUGCGAUCAGUGCAACCAGUCGUUCAGGCAGAAGCAGCUGCUCCGGCGGCACCAGAACCUGUACCACAACCCGAACUACGCGCCCAAGCCGCCCAAGGAGAAGACGCACACGUGCCACGAGUGCAAGCGCACGUUCGCGCACAAGGGCAACCUCAUCCGGCACCUGGCCACGCACGACCCGGAGUCGGGGUACCACGAGCAGGCGCUGGCGCUCAAGCUCGGCAGGCAGAAGAAGGUCAAGAUCGUGGACGGACAGGUUGUGGUGCCUGAACCAGAAGAAGAAGAACGUGGCCAGCCAGACAUUGUCAAACUGGAGGUGUCAAACACUGAUCUACAGCGGGGCGAGCUGGUCACUGUGGCCGAUGGGGAGGGCCAGCAGUAUGUGGUACUAGAAGUGAUACAACUUGAGGACGGUUCGGAGCAGCAGGUGGCUGUAGUGGCUCCAGACUAUAUGGAAGAACAACAAGAAGAAGAAAUGGAAGAGGAGGAGGAUGAAGAAGAGGAAGACGAAGAAGCGCUAGAGAAGCAGAGGGAAGUGAUGUACAAGGCGCAGAUGAGACAGAAGAUACAGCGUGACAUAAAGGUGGAGAGGGAUGUUGAUACCUGCUUUGGUUUUGAUGAGGAGGAAGACGAGGAAAUGGAGCAUGAGGAAGAAGAGCAGGAGAUGGAGGAGCAGGAGGACGAUGAUACCCCGUACAAUGAGAGGCUCGUUUUGCAACUUGUCUAAACUGAGUUCCCAUGCAUCUCAUUGUGUGACAUUCGGUCUCUGAGUAACAACCUCCGCGAGGUGCGAAUUCAAUGCUUCAUAGUAAAAUGAUUAAUCAGGAAAAUAAAUGGAUACAUUUAUAUGUGGUGAAUGUAUGUUUACUAUUUUAAGGGCUUGUUUCACGACUUACUGAUAUUGUGGUGUUAUUUUAAUGGCAGAUAAGCUAUACAGAACAUAUCUGUAAGUUGUGAAACAGGCUACGGACGUUUUAAAUUAGCAGUAUUGUCAAAUAAUGAAAGUGAUUGAUGUUUACCCUACCAAAUACAAGACUAUGUGUUGUGAUAAUCUUGAUCUUAAAUUGUGUACAUUUUUUUUAAUGUUUCAAUGAAUAACAAGAUGAUAAACAUGAUGAUAACAAUGAUGAUUGAAUAGUGUACUAGUGUUAUGUCCGUUUGGAUAAAUACAUUUUGACUGAAAUGUAUUUUUUAAUAAAUUAUUGUAAAUGGUCAGACGUGUAAUAUUUUACAUGUGCAUUUAUUGAGGCUUCUUAAGAAUACGUUUGUGCUGCUUGUUAAUUAUUGAAGAUAAUUAUUGAAAAUAAUCUGAUCAGUUUUUGUUUAAGGAUUUGUAUGUUUUUAAAAUAUGAAGAUUGAACAAAAACGUUUAUGGAAACGUAAAAAAAAAAUAAUAUAACUUAAAAAAACUUACCGCUUAAAUAUUGUGCUUAUGGUUAGAAUUAUUUUAAGUUGGUUUUAAUAUCGCACUAUUGUACGUAUAUUUUUCGAUCACCUA